UGUUCCUCUGACUAAUCCACUCACCCUCACACACACACACACACACACACACAGCCACGUGCUCCUGCUCUAUCAUACACCACCAAUCAUUUCAUUACUGCAGAAUGAACAUUGUGAGGAACGCUUCGCCUCAUGCGGGACGUUUACAGAGAUCUGGACUGUGGAGGAUUCCUCUGCUUCAUCCUGUGUGUCUGUUUACUUUUUCCUACUGAAGUGGAUUCUUCCUGUAACCGGACACGUGAUGGAGGACGGACGGAAAGACCAGGCUGUGGUGAUAGCAGAUGAUUGGCCAGGUUAUGAAUUAGAGCUGUUCAUGUAUCCGGAGCAUUACCGUGAUGAUGUGGAGAGUGUGUACAUCCCACAUGGCGUCAUCAUGAACAGGAUCGAGUGUUUAGCCAGAGAUAUCCUGGAGGACAUGGGGCAUGAUAACCUGAUGGUUCUGUGUGUUCUGAAAGGAGGCUAUAAGUUCUGCGCUGACCUGGUGGAAUCUGUUAAAGCCCAAAGCCAGAGCUCUGAUCGCCCCAUCACCACCCGCGUGGAGUUCAUCCGCCUCAAGAGCUACCUGAACGACCGCUCCACUGAAGACCUGCACAUCAUCGGCCCUGAGGAUCUCUCCAUGCUGAAAGGAAAAAAUGUCCUGAUUGUUGAGGCGAUAGUGGACACGGGGAAGACCAUGAAGAUGCUCCUGAAGCAUGUGGAGAAGUUCCAGCCCAAGACUGUCAAAGUGGCCGGCUUGCUGGUAAAGCGGAUUCCCGGCGGAGCUACAAAGCUUCCAGACUAUGUUGGAUUUGUCAUCCCUGAUCGCUUCGUUGUUGGUUACGCUCUGGACUACAACGAAUACUUCCGAGACCUGAACCACAUCUGUGUGAUCAGUGAAAGGGGGAAGCUGAAGUAUAAGUUGUGAGAAACAGGCAUUUUACCAGGGUUUGUUCUUGUCUCACAUUGAUAUAGCACUUCAAACUAACAAAAGCUCAUUGUGGCGUAUCUGUCAUGAGGUUUUUGUAAUUUUGUGAAAAGGUAAAUUCACUGUGGACUGUAUUCAGAGUCGACCUAUGUGCAUAUAGUGGGGAUUUAAUACUGAAAUGACACACACUGUUACUCAGUUUUCAGAUGUAACUACAGACUUAAGUGCGAUUCAGAGGUUGCGUGAAAGUUAUGCAUGCAGAGGGCGGAGUUUGUCUAAAUCGGAGGCGUGUCUCAGUUUCAUGUGAUUCUGAUCUUGAACUUAAGAGCUUUUUUUCUUCCAUGAUAUCAUCCCGAGUGAGGAGCAGGUGUAAGUCCAGCGCCACUAUCUGAUAGUUUGAUGUAACUACAAUAUGUCACGCUGAAAAGUAUGAUUUGGCUGUAAAUACACUCAAAAACAAAAUUUUAAUUUUUAAUUUUAUAUUAAAAAUUAAAGUCACAUAGCUCAUAUCAGUGGAGACAGAUCUGAAUCAGACACCCUGUUUAUCCUGAGCACUGAAUUAUUUAUGGAUAAAAUUAUGAACAACACUUAAAGUGAGUUGUGAGUGCAGCAGAAGAGUCAGCUUAUCCUUCAAACCCAUGGCACAUUAUUUUUAAGAAAAGUGCAUCAAAUUAAUACAAGGAACUUUCCCCACAAAAAUACUGACUUCACUUUUGAACUUACAUCACUGACUCCUGAAUACAGCCCAGGAUUUUGCAUUUUGGUGGUUUUAUUAAGUUUUAUAUCAUUUAUAAUAUUUCUUGUCAGGUUUUGCUGUGAAUGAUUUAAUGUCAUAUUAAUAGAAUAAUAAUGAUACAGCAAAAUAAAAAAAGAUGGCCAAACAUUCAAACACUUCUCUGUGAAGGAGCCUUUAUUUGGGAUUCUUAUCAUACUGGACCUCGUAAAAUGCUGAUUUAUUGUUGUUAUUACCGAGAGUUCUGUGGAAAUUUAUUGCCAAAACACAAGGCUAUGAGAUAAAGUGAUAAAUACAGUCAGGGCUGAUGUGGCCCUCAGAAACUUCCUUCAAAUAUCUGGUUGUCUGCUUAACUUCAGCUCUAUUAUAAACAAUCGGAUUAAAUAGCCUGUCUUUUCCUUGAAAGUAAAGAUGAGGAAAUAUAAUUUUGCCAAGAUCAGUGCUGAAGAACAUCAAAUCAACUUUCAUUAAAUAUCUACAGUGCCUUGCAAAAGUAUUCACCCCCCUUUGCCUUUUUCCUAUUUUGUUGCAUUACAGCCUGGAAUUUAAAGGCUUUUCAUUUGGCUUUUAUGUAGUGGAUCUAUGCAAAAUACUCCAAGUUGAUGAAGUGAAAUGAAAUAAAAAAACUCCUUUCAAAAAAAUUUUGAAAAUAAAAAACUGAAAAUUGGUGUGUGCAUUUGUAUUCACCCCUUUUGCUAUGAAGCUCCUAAAUAAGUUCUGGUGCUACCAGUUAAUUCAAGAAGUCACAUAAUUAGUUAAAUUAAGUCCACCUGUCUGCAGUCUAAGUGUCACAUCAUCUCAGCUUACAUAUAUACCUGCUCUGAAAAGCCCCAGAGUCUGCAACACCGCUGAGCAAAAGGCAACAUCAAGCAAGCAGCACGAUGAAGACCACAGAGCUCUCCAAACAGGUCAUGGCCAAAAUUUUGGAGAAGUAUAAAUCAGGGUUGGGUUACAAAAAAAAUAUCCAAAACUUUGAAUAUCCCACAAAGCACCAAUAAAUCCACCAUAGCAAAGUGGAAGAAAUAUGGCACCACAGUAAACUUGCCAAGAGAGGUCCGCCCACCAAAACUCACAGACCGAGCAAGGAUAGCAUUAAUUCGAGAAGCAUCCAAAAGACCAACAAUAACCCUGAGGGAGCUGGAGAGCUUCACAGCAAAGACUGGAGUGUCUGUCCAUAGGACCACUGUUAGCCAUACACUCCACAGAGCUGGGCUUUAUGGAAGAGUGGCCAGAAGAAAGCCCUUGCUUAAAGAAAAAAAACAAGAAAGAACGUCUUGAGUUUGCCAAAAGACACAUAGGAGACUCCGCAAAUGUCUGGAAGAAGGUACUGCGGUCAGAUGAGACUAAAACUGAACUUUUUUGGUCAUUAAAGAAAACGCUAUGUCUGGCGCAAACCCAACACCUCUCAUCACCCCCAGAACACCAUCCCCACAAUGAAGCAUGGUGGUGGCAGGAUCAUGCUGUGGGGGUGUUUUUCAUCAGCAGGUACUGGGAAACUGGUCGGAAUUGAAAGAGUGAUGGUGGUGCUAAAUACAGGGCAAUUCUUGAAGAAAACCUGUUUCAGUCUGCCCAAGAGAUGAGACUGGGAAGGAGGUUCACCUUCCAGCAGGACAAUGACCCUAAACACACUGCUAAAGCAACACUCAGUUGGUUUAGGGAGAAACAAUUAAAUGUGUUGGGAUGGCCCAGUCAAAGCCCAGGUCUCAAUCCAAUAGAGAAUCUGUGGUCUGACUUAAAGACUGCUGUACACCAGCGGAACCCAUCCAAAUUAAAGGAGUUGGAGUGGUUUUGCCUGGAAGAAUGGGCAAAACUCCCAGUGGCUAGAUGUGCUAAGCUCAUAGACAUACCCAAAGAGACUUGCAGCUGUAAUUGCUGCAAAAAGUGGCUCUACAAGGUAUUAACUUUGAGGGGGUGAAUAGUUAUGCCCACUCAAGUUUUCUGUUGUUUUGGUCUUAUUUUUUGUUUGCUUCACAAUAAAAAAUAUUUUGCAUCUCAGAAAUUGUAAGCAUGUUGUGUAAAUCAAAUGUAAAUCCUUUGAAAAUCAAUCCAUUUAAAUUCCAGAUUGUAAUGCAACAAAAUAGGAAAAAGGCAAAGGGGGUGAAAUAUAUAUAAAUAGCCAGAACAACUAAUUAUAACCACAUUAUAAAGGUUUUAAGGUGUUUGGGGAAUAGAAAUGUGUCUGGGAUAGACAACAAGCCUGUGUGUGGUAUUAGCUUAGAAGAUAAAGAUCUGUACUACUGACCAGGAUGUUGUAAGAUCUAAUUCCUUUCCUGCUAUGCUUUUGAUUCAUGGCCUAAUGGUUCUGAGCUUGGCCAGAUCUAAUGUUUGGCUGAGAGAGUUUCUCGCACAUACAGAAAACAUUCCAUGACUCAGCCUGGGUGUGAGAAUAGCAGAACCAUCAGAAGUCACCAUCUGUCAUGGGGUUGGGACUGGAGAAUGCUGUAGGUACGCAAUCAAGACCUUCAGAUCCAUCACUGAGGCUGCUUUCACAGGCUUUUGGAUGAGAACACACUUCUUCUUUUUCACAAACGUUUCCUGUGUACCAAAUAUGAGAACUGAAAAUUGAAUUAUGUUUGUAAAACAUGCGUCGAAUCACCUGGAAAUUACAGCAUAUUAGAAGACAAGGGCAAGUGUCCAUCCUUAAAAUAAAUUGAAGA